AUGUGGAAACGGACAGACAACAACCGGGGGCUGGACGAUCUCCUACCAACUACCAAAACCCUACUGCAAGUCUGGAACAAAAUGAAAUACGAAUUAGUGUCAAGACCGACACUACCCCUAGCAACGCCAAUGCGCACUAUUGGACAGGAGAUCCCCACCUUCCCCUGGGACAUGUGGGCGAAGGGCGGUAUACACCACGUGUACCAAGUUAUAGACAGGGGUCGAAUACUACCAUUCCCAGACAUACAGGAUAGGCACAACCUGCCCACUAGAGCAAUAUUCUCCUACCUCCAGCUCAAAUCUUAUGUAUUAGACAAAUCAGGGAAACUAACGGACACCACGGCUAUGACACACAUGACAGAACUCGAAAAACAAUGCACGGGAAUUACACCACUCAAGAAAAUAAUGUCCUGGGGAUACCAAAAAUUACUAGCGCAACAAUCACACACACUAGGAGAGAUAAAGCUGUCAUGGCAGCGAGAUAUAGGCAGAAUAAUAACAGAUAGGGAAUGGGAGAGAGCAUAUAUAGCCCAUAAGGGGCUUACAGCAUGUGCUACACACCUGGAACUACAGCGUAAAAUCCUAUACCGCUGGUAUUUAGUACCAGACAAAUUGCACAAAAUAUGGCCUACAACCAGCAACAGAUGCUGGAGGUGCGGGAGGGAGGUGGGAACAAUGAUACACGUCUGGUGGACAUGCACCAUACUCAGACCAUUUUGGGAAGGGGUAGCAAAUAUACUGCAGAAGAUCCUGCCAGCCCCAAGGGUAGAUGAACCACAGAUGUGUCUCUUAUUUAUCCUACCAGAAAAAAUACCAAAACAAGUCAAGCUGAUAAUAUACCACACACUAAUCUCAGCUAACCUAGUGAUAUCCAGACACUGGAAAAAAACAAUGACCCCACCUAUAGAAGAUCUCGUAAAGCAGGUAGACCAAAACUGGGCUUACGAAAAAAUGGCCAACACGCAAUUCGGAGUACGAAAAGGGGUACUGGAGGCACACGACCUGUGGGUACAACAUACCAUAAGCUCACCCACUAUAACACAUAACCACAACUACUCCAGCGCGACCAACGGCCCUUGA